AAUCUAAGACUUAAUAUACUUAAGCCGAAACCAAAAAUUUAGCGAUUUCUUGGCUUGAAAACGGCUGGCCGUCAGCACUGCUGCCUAUCGAUGACGAUAGCGCAAUCGAUAGCCUCCGCUCAGACGUGGUUUUCCCAACUGGUAAUGCAGUAAAUUCACGGAUGUAGUGAGACGCAUAGCUCCCCUUUUUCUGGAAACAAACAAACGGAGCAGCAGCCUGCAGGUUUAUCCUUGCAUGAGGACCCAUUGAAGGAGUCACAGUGAGACAUCAGGCGUGCUCGCAUUUACGGCAUCAGGGAUCUUGGUCUGGUCAGAUAUUGGGCAAGCAAGCAAAAAUAAAAAAACCGCAAUGUCGACAGCUCGAAAUUCGGAUUCAGCUGACCCAUCGGAUUUGGCGCUCUUGCUGGGCAGCAGCAACAACAACAAUAACUACAACAACAAUAACAACAACAGAAACAACAACAACAACAACAACAAUUGUAGCCGCAACAGAAGCGGCGGCACUCCCAGGAAGUAUGCUUCUGCUGGAGCCCCAAGCUCCAUCAGAAUGUGCCCCGCCAGCAAUAUGACCAGCAACCAGAGUAACAAACAGCUUAGCUCAAUUUGCCAGCGGGCGCAGGCGGGCCACAAACUGAUGAUUAUUAUGCGCGGUCCUCCAGGCAGCGGUAAAAGUACUCUGGCAGAGUCUCUGGUGCGUCAGGCGCACCUACUCGACAGACACCAGGUGCGCGACUUUGUCCUUAGCUCAGACGACUAUUUCAAAACGCGCCACGGCUAUGACUUCAACCCCACUCUGCUGCCAGCCGCCCACGAAUGGAACCAGCAGCGAGUGCGCGACAAGGCCGCAUGCGGCUGGAGCCCCAUUAUCGUGGAUAACACCAACACAAUGGUGUGGGAGAUGCAGCCAUACGUCCAGUGCGCAGUGCGUCACGGCUACGUAAUUGAGCUUCUCGAGCCACAGACUAGUUGGUGCAAGUCUGCCAGCAAGCUGGCCCAGAAGAACGUCCACAGUGUUCCCCGGGAGAAUAUUCAGCGCAUGCUGGAGCGUUACGAGCGCACUACUGCGGGAGAGCUCAUUCAGUUAAUGAAGGAGACAAAGUACUCUGUGGAGCUGCCGCAACUACGCAAACAUCCACCUCUUCCUGCCGUGCCUGUCAUCACCAGCUUCGAGGAGAGCAAACCGCUGGAAGCCCCAGUCCCUGCGCCUGCGGAAAAUACUUUUAAGCUGAAUGCCAAUGCCCAAACGUGGGUGCCCUACGAGCAGGGAGCGCCAUCAUACUGGUCCCAGACAGUAUCCUCGGAAGACACAGGCGACGCGACGGUUCCGGAAAUUCCAGAAGCUUUGGCUGCCCCAGCUUUAGAAAAGAGCGAAGUGUCUAUUAUUGAUCUCCUCCGCGAAGAAAGCAAACUAAAAGAGGAACCGUCAAAAGCGGAACAUUAUGAGGCAAAGCUCUUUCAAAGGCACUGCCUUGACUGUCACAAUGAGCCGAAAGGGUUUGCACUCCUGCGCCAGAUGUAUCCCAAUAAACAGCUGACUGGUCUCUGGGAUUUGUUUGUAAAGUGCAAGGCCGACGUAGAUUGGGCCGUUGAUAUUCUGUUAAAGGAGGACGAGCUAUAUGCGGUCACUGGUUCGGAACAGAUCGGAUUUGAGGAAACUGUUGAUAGCGAGGAGGCGGCGCAGUUUCAAUGCGACUGCGACAAGGCGGCCGAGGGCCAGGAAUCACCAAUUUCCACUUCCAACUGCACCUCACCAACUUUGCCGCUAUCGAAGACUGCAUCCAAGCCGCAACGUCAACCGCGCAUUAAACGAGCAUCGGCCCCCACCAAUAAAGAGUUGCAAAUACAAAUUCAAAAUUGCUUUGUAUUAGGCGACGAACAAUACUCGGAGCACACGCGCAAAAUCCGCGACAUCCGUAAUGGAAUUCUGGAUCAACCUAUAGUGCCUAAAGUACCGGAAGCAUCAGAGGAACCAGAGCUAGAACAGCAGGAGGAGGAGGACCCUGAAGAAAAUACUCUUCUGGAAAUAGAUUUGGGCAGCGCUCUAAUUGAGCAGCUACGCGCUCAGUUUUACACGGAGGACGAAAUGUUGCCCCCGGAACAGGAGCUACCUGCCGCAACAAAAAUAUUCGUGCCACGUCAGCUAGCCAAGCAGCUUUACAUGUUGUGGAUGGAAGCCGUGUUUAACCAGCUAGAGGAGAUGCGCCAGCAGACAAUGCGCGAUGACGAGCAGUUCGCCCGCCUGCUCAAGCAUCCAGGCUACGCCGAUUGCAGAGAGUCUCCGAGCAAUGUGGCUGAGCUUCUGGAUAUGGAGUUGGCCUGGAGCAUAUACAAUAGCGAGCAGCAGGCCGCCAAAAAGGCAGCCGAGUUGGCCGCUCGCAAACAAACGCCCAACGAUAUAGCUACCCACCUAACUAAAAUGAAGCUGUGCGAGACCUUUCCCGAUAUCCCCCCUGACACUGUGCUUGAGAUCUUUGCGGCAACCGGCAGCAAUUACGUUCAAACAGUGGAGGUCUUGGACAGCAAUGUUCAGAGUAUGCUGAGCGAAGCAGAACUUUAUGAUAAGGCCCUUCGCGAGGGCGAGAAGCUCAGUGCGCAAGUGGCGCUGGAAGAGCGAAAGCAGAAGCAACAAAAGCAACAGAAUUCCUCCAGCCAAGGUCCCCGCAUCAGUUCUAGUUCGACCGCCCCUGGCCGGUCGCCCCAACUGCAUGAGGAUGCCAAGUGCGCUGCUCUUCGCGACUUUGAGGAGACGCGAAACAUGGCCGCCCAUCACUCCCAACUUAAAGCAGAGUGCUAUCUAAAGGCUAAACAGGCGGUUCAGCGCGGCAAUGGUAGCGUGGCGUUAUACUACUCGGAGAUAGCCAAGUUACACAAGCAGAAGAUCGACGUAUUCAACCAUCGGGCGGCCAACUGCAUAAUGGAGGUACAUCGGCACACCCAGAACAACCCGGACCUGCUAGACCUGCAUUACCUACACACGGUAGAGGCGAUCAGCUGUCUGGACUUGUUUCUUGACCGCCACAUAACUGUGCUGCGCAACACUACCCGCGUGUACAAGCAUGUAUUUAUUAUCACGGGCCGUGGUCUUCACAGCGCAAACGGAGUGUCCACUAUUAAGAACAGGGUGAAGGCCAGGCUGAGCGAACGCCGUUUGCGUUGGCAAGAGGUCAAUCCAGGAUUGCUGCGCGUCAAGGUAUUUUCAGCAUCGCGUCAUUCAAAGAACUUCUGAUUCGAGGCGAAUUGCACAACAGGACUUGCGGAGCAAAAUAAGUUUUACACUGCCAUAAAUGUAGAAACAAAGGCAACUUACAGAGAACCGGGAUAAUAUAAUUUUAACUUAUCCGUUAUUUAACUUUUGUAUCACUGCUUACAAAAUUGUAAAGUUAAGUAAUCAUUUUUCCCCGCUCCUAACCGCUGUAUUAUUUUCGAAUGUGCUCAAGAACCUUUAAGACAUUCCCGAUUUUGUUACUCUAUAUUACAUAAAACUCUCGUCCCAGUACUUCGUUUUAAGUAUGAAUAAUGCUUCCAGCCUAGUGUUCGUGUUAGGCGCGAACUCGCAAUCCGACUCAGCAAAGUAGUGAUUUAUUAUCUAACAACAGCAUCACAAAAUUUCUUAUUUUUAUACUAGUUUACUCAAACUACCGCUUAGGUAUAAUAAGAUUAGUGUAAAAACCGUAGUCCUAAAGUAGGCGAGGUCCAAUAAUUACCAUUACAUUUCAGAUUGGUAAGCAACUAUAAUCCUUAAUCUUAAAAUAAAGGGACACUUAAGGAAGAUAUUGUUUAGACGGCAAAUUGACAUUCGUCGAAACACUCAAGAUAAUAAAUCGUACACUUAAA